AUGGAGGGACCUGGCUACCUCAGCUUAAUGUAUUACUCCGGGAAAAUAUUGAUCCGCUCCCAAAAUCCCGCCACUAAAGUUUUGCAACCGGAGAGCCUACAGAGGGCUCGCUCCAUCAUGGAAUCUCUCCGCGCGGUGCUGCGAAUGAGGCAGGAUAUAGAGCAGCGUAUUAGCGAACUAGGCCGAACUCUUGAGUGUCUUAUCCGCGCCGAGACAACUGAUGACAUUCAAAAAUAUCUCCGAGACUUUCUCACGGAUUUCGACAAGCUUUCUAAGGUGUUUGCCAGCUUGGCCGGUUUUACGAUAUUGGCAUUGAGUAAGGAUUUAGAACCGCUGGAACGGGAUCAGUUUAGAGCGCAGAUAGCCUCCCUCUGGGAAGUAUACGGACGUUUGAAGCAGAUUGAGUGCACAUGGACACUGUGCCAUGCAUUGGAAGAUAAUGCGCUUCGUCGAGGCCUGGUUUACAUUGAGGAACAGAUAUGUGAUUUGCAGGUUGUAUGUGAAGAAGGGACGGCGCAAUUGAAGGUAGACCUUGAGAUGUCCGAGAGCGCGAAUUGA